GGCUUCUCAGCGUUUCACAAAUGGGCUUCAAAGGGACGUUCGGUUUCGGACGGAAACUGUGAGUGCGCCAAAACAGCUGCAGUCUCACUAUGCAAGUGCGCAAAUGUGCCUCAUGGAGCAGCAGCUGGAGAGAUCCGUAUGGAGAGAGCAGGAGGUGUGUAUUCGGAUGAAGAGGAUCUGAGAGCGUCCCGCGCAUCAUCUAUAGUGGACUGUCUGUUAGUGGAGCUCUAUGACACAUACAGUAAUAAUGUCAGAGGGGUGGACAGCUCGACCGAAGCCUCCAGCUCAGAUGCCUUCCUGGGCAGGAGUAACACUGGCUCCAACUUUCUCCAAGAGCUUCAGGAGAAGCACACGAGGCGCCAUCAGAUGAAAUACCUGGCUCAAAAAGGUCCGGAGGAGCUGAAGUGGAUCAUUCAGGAAGUGAAGUAUCGUAUUGGUGUGCAGUCGGCCAAACUGGUGCGUCAGGUCAAGAGGAAAGACAGACUUCGGCAGAAGUUUCAGAAGAACUGUGAUAUAGUCACUGCCUGCCUGCAAGCCGUCUCUCAGAAAAGACGGGUGGACACCAGGUUGAAGUUCACUAUCGAACCUUCUUUAGGCAAGAACGGCUUUCAACAAUGGUACGACGCUCUGAAGGCAGUAGCCAGACUCCCAGUAGGGAUUCCCAAGGAGUGGAGGAAGAGGGUAUGGCUGACCCUAGCUGACCAGUACCUCCACAGCAUCUCCAUAGACUGGGAGAAAACAAUGAGAUUCGCUUUCAAUGAUCACAGCAAUCCAGAUGAUGACACUUUGGGAAUCCAAAUCGUGAAGGACCUGCACAGGACCGGCUGCAGUUCAUACUGUGGCCAGGAGGCGGAGCAGGACCGUGUGGUGCUGAAGCGGGUGCUGCUGGCAUAUGCCCGCUGGAACAAGACUGUCGGAUACUGUCAGGGCUUCAAUGUUCUGGCCGCCCUCAUCCUGGAGGUCACAGAGGGAAAUGAAGGAGAUGCGUUGAAGGUGAUGAUCUAUCUGAUCGAUAAAGUGCUUCCCGAUAGUUACUUCGCCAAUAACCUGCGUGCCCUCUCAGUGGACAUGGCUGUGUUCAGAGAUCUCCUGCGACUGAAGCUUCCAGAACUUUCUCAGCAUCUCCACCAUCUCCAGAAAGUAGCUAAUAGGGAAGGAGGAGGGAGCUAUGAGCCUCCGCUCACCAACGUCUUCACCAUGCAGUGGUUUCUGACCAUGUUUGCCACUUGUUUACCCCAUCACACCGUGCUGAAGAUCUGGGACUCGGUCUUCUUUGAGGGCUCUGAAAUGCUGCUGCGUGUAGCUCUCGCCAUCUGGGCCAAACUUGGAGAGCGAAUUGAGGAGUGCCAGACUGCAGAUGAAUUUUAUAGUACUAUGGGCUGCCUGACGCAGGAAAUGCUGGAGCACAACCUUAUCGACUCCAAUGAACUCAUGCAGACGGUCUACUCUGUGGCCCCGUUCCCGUUCCCCCAGCUGGCUGAGCUCAGGGAGAAAUACACCUACAACAUCACCCCGUUCCCGACCCCUGUCAGAGCGAACAGCAGUCUUGCACUCCAUGGAUGGGAGAGUGAUGAUGAUGAUGCUGACAUGGAUGAUGAAGACUCUAUUGUCACCGCUCUGGGUUGCCUGGGGCCUCUUGGAGGACUUCUGGCCCCUGAGAUCCAAAGAUACCAAAAGCACCUUAAAGAUCAGAGAGUGGAGCAGAGCUCUCACGGCAGUAACAUGGCCGAGCUGAGUCCCGGGGCGGUGGGCGCGGGACGGGCCGAGCACCAGGCAGCCAUCAACAGCAUGAUGCUGGAGCGCAUGAGCACCGACAUCAGCGCGCUGAAGAAACAGUACUCACGCAUCAAACAGAAACAACAGCAGCAGGCUGGGCUCCUGUACAUCCACACAGAUAAGUGUCCAGCCACCAGUAUCCUUCCCUCCCAAAUCGGUCCCUCCCCUGUGGUCAACCAUCUUCUCCUGGGCAGGAGGCCCAGACCCAGUCAGCGGUCCUCAAAGAACGGGAUCAUCCAUAACGGUGAAGGGCCUCAAGCCCACUCCACACCCAGCCAGGAUCAGAUGAUUCGGGCCAGACAUCACUCACCCUGGCGCACACAUGUGCGAGCGCACCGGAGGAACAUCGCCAGGGCACGGGCACAACUCGGGUUUGAUGAUUCUCUGGAGAUAGAAGACGAACAAAUGAGCAAAACAGAAGAAGCAUCUGAAGAGAGAAGACGUGAGGAUGAAGAGCAAGAGAAGGUUGAGACUGUAAGCUCAGAUGUCUCUCAGCAAGACCACAGCUCUGGAGAAGGAGAAGAUCUCCACGAGAUCAACAAGCACUUGUCUUCUUUGGAACUGGAACCAGAACUUUCAUCAGAAGCAGCUUCUGAUCCAACUCCACAACUAGACGCAGCUUCUGAUCCAUCUACAUCAUCUCCAGAGCCAGGUUCUGAUCCAUCUACAUCAUCUCCAGAACCAGCUUCUGAUCCAUCUACAUCAUCUCCAGAACCAGCUUCUGAUGCACCUACACCAACUCCACCUCCAGAAUCAGCUUCAGAUCCAAAUACACCGACUCCACCUCCAGAACCCCAGCCAGAGCCCAAACCCAUGGCCUCAGCUCUGCUCCCAUCCACCUGCCAUCCAGGUUCAGACUCAUCCGGCUCAGAAAGCGGAGGUUCCCUCAAAAGAAGCCCUUCAGCGUCAGCAGGAGAACCUCUGAAACCACAGCAGAUCUUUUCCCCGUUCCCAUGCAUCAAAACCCCUCGCAAGUCCAUCACUGCCAGAAAUUUGGGCCUCUACGGUCCAACUGCCAGGACUCCAAACGUGCACUUUCCCCAGAUGAGCAGAAGCAUGAACCAUAUUGGAAACACCACAAGGCGGCGAUGAUGAAUCGUCGACUACAGACGAGCACAUAUUUGAUUCUUCAUAUCGAUACGUUUGGGUUCAAAACUCCAACCACGAAAGCACAUCUCUAGUACUCUUCCAAGACACUCCAAAACAUCUACAUUUAGAAACAAUAUUUAAUAAUGUAAUGCUUCCAUGAAGUUUAUAACAUGAAUUUAUGAAGGCUGUUUCUUUUCUUUUUUUUUAAUGAAACCCUACGUAAACAUUUGGGAAUUAUACCCGACAUUGAAAGUAUCUCUUGUUGCAUGUUCAGGUCAGCAGUAUUCGCUACAAUGCACUGUGUAUGUUUACUUACAUGCUUCAAAGCUCAGAAAAUCACAUGUAUGUAAAAUACUCAUGCUAAAUGACUGGGAAAUGCUGCAGUUCUGCAUUGCACAGUCCAAAAGGAUUUUUUAGCAGCCAUUUACACUAUUUAAUCAUAUAAAGUCAACAAAUUUUCCAUGUUCGCUUGUUUCUGUUAUUUUUGACCACACUGGUGUUCAUUUUCCAAUUAUGUCAAGCCAUUCAUGUUUCUCUUAUUUUGAUCUUUCCUUAGUAAAUUAUUCAUUUGCCAUCUGAAUGACACAAGUUCUCAUUAAGGUCUCUUUUUUUGAUGCUCUGGUCAAAACUAUCCUGCAAUUUAACGUCCCUUUGAAUGUUUCUUUUCUCUCUAUUAAUCUUUGGUGCUUAUGAGUAGUGGAGGAUCACAAAUGCCCCACAAAGAAUAAAAGACGUGCAAGUAUGAAAAAAAAA